ACAAGUCCACUUGGUGAAUGUUGCUGGUUUGUUUUCGGGGAAGCGGUACAUACUCCCAAGGCUUCACCUAGUAGACAGAGCUGAGGGUGAAAUCCUCCCUUCUGCUCAGAUAGCGUUCCCAUUAUCUUCGGUUUCAUGCUGUCAGAAACACAACCUGCUAACGUUAUCUCCCUACGCUAAUGCUACUAACGUAAACAAUGAAUAGAAGACUAACGUUACCCUGCUAGAAACGCAGCAUUUCACAUCUAAAUGAUCAAGUACUCUCAUAAUGGUGGUUAGCUAACGUUAGCUACGAAGCUAGGUUACUUGGGACAAUCCUUUCAACUUGCUUGCUGUCAGGUUAGCGUUAGCUUACGACAGCUAACUUCGCUAUGUGAACUCAGUAAGCCAGGAAAGUGGCGAUAAAGGAACUCCCUGCAACUCUCAGGUGUUGCAGGUCGCUCUCAUGUGCCCAUGGAGAAGGCAGCCUUUGAGGGGUGGCUGGAGUCAGUCUCCGUCGCUUUCCUUACUCUGAACGACCAGCAGCGCAACCAGUCUCUGGACCACCUCAUUUCUCUCAGUGGUGCAGUCCAGCUCCGUCACCUGUCCAAUGGACUGGAGACCCUGCUGAAGCGCGACUUCCUGCGCCUCCUUCCCCUGGAGCUGGCCUUCUACCUGAUACACUGGCUGGACCCUGAGACUCUGCUGACCUGCUGCCUGGUCUGCAAGCAGUGGAAUAAGCUGAUCAACUCGUGCACAGAGGUGUGGCAGGGUGUGUGUCGGAAGCUGGGCUGGAGGAUCGAUGAGUCCAUUCAGGACGCCCCACACUGGAAGGCGGUGUACCUGAAGGCUAAGCUCCGCAUGGUACAGCUGCAGGAUCAGGAAGCCUUCGAGACAUCCUCCCUGAUUGGACACAGCGCUCGAGUAUACGCCCUCUACUAUAAGGACGGCCUCCUCUGCACAGGUUCUGACGACCUCUCUGCCAAACUAUGGGAUGUGCGCACUGGGCAGUGCAUUUACGGAAUCCAGACGCACACCUGCGCCACGGUGAAAUUCGAUGAACAGAAGCUGGUGACCGGGUCCUUCGACAACACCAUCGCCAGCUGGGAGUGGAGCACAGGAGCCAAAAUCCAGCAGUUCAGGGGCCACACAGGAGCAGUGUUCAGCGUGGACUACAACGACGAGCUGGACGUGCUGGUGAGCGGCUCUGCAGACUUCACAGUGAAGGUGUGGGCCCUGUCUGCAGGGGCCUGCCUCAACACCCUCACCGGACACACCGAGUGGGUCACCAAGGUGAUUCUGCAGAAAAGUGAAGUGGAGUCUGUGGUGCACAGUCCUGGGGAUUACAUCCUCCUGAGUGUGGAUAAGUAUGAAAUUAAGGUGUGGCCUUUAGGCAGAGAGAUCAACUGUAAGUGUCUGAAGACCCUGUCGGUGUCGGAGGACCGCAGUAUCAGCCUGCAGCCCCGCCUGCAGUUCGACGGACGCUACAUCGUCUGCAGCUCGGACAUCGGAGUCUAUCAGUGGGACUUUGCCAGUUUUGAGAUUCUCAGGGUGAUAAAGACGCAGGACCCGGCCAACCUUUCCCUGCUCAGCUUCGGCGAGGUGUUCUCGCUCCUUUUCGACAACCACUUCCUGUACGUGAUGGACCUGAGGACGGAGGCCAUCUCGGGCCGCUGGCCUCUCCCCGCCUACAGGAAGUCCAAACGAGGGUCCAGCUUCCUGCCCGGCGUCACCUCCUGGCUCAACGGCCUGGACGGGGACAAUGACUCUGGACUGGUGUUCGCCACCAGCAUGCCCGACCAUAGCAUUCACUUAGUCCUGUGGAAGGAGAACGGAUAGAGGGGACGGGACGCCGGGACAUCAAUCUACAGACUGCUAGGACCAGAGCGUGUGCUCUGAUAUACGAACCUACAACAUGCAUGGACCAAAGCAUUUAGUUUUUAUCUGUUUCUUCCUCUACACACACACACAUUCACACAUGGAACACGGAGGAAGGGGAUGAAACUGGAUCUGCUCCUGAUCUCCUCCUCUUCUGCAAUCUUGGACGAAGAACUUAAAAAGAAAAAGCCGAGAUAAAUCAGUAACGAUAAAAACAAUGGUAACAAAAAUCCCCAAAUAAACAACACAUUUAUUCUAAUGUAAAACGUUUUAAUUGUUUGUGGCAGAUUUGCUCUUUGAUCAGUCGGCAGUGUGCGGGGGGGAAUAAUGGGAAGCUGACUUUGAUCCAUGGUCUGGACUUUUUUAAUCAGGAUGAGACACAUGUUCGAUACCCUAACAGUGCGUCCUUUAAAGAACAGCAGGCUUGCCUUAAACACAGCGACUGUAAAUAAAGGGGAACACUUCCUUUGUCUUCAGAUUCUGAGGUAAAUAUCAUCACGGAGCCGAGGACGCUGCGUGUUAGGUGCUGUGGUACAUCGUCGUGUACCGUGUGAAAUAUUGUGAGCUCCACUGAAUCUGCUUUUUCUUAAAGGACUGGUUGUAAUGUCGGCUUGAGAAAUGUGACGUGCCUUUUUCAGUUCAUUUGAUGUUACAAAGUAGAAAUGACUGCGUUGUAAAUCUUUUAAGUAGAUUUUUUCACCUUUACUGUGCUCCAACAGUCUGAGAUGUCUGUAAUUUUAUAGUUAUCUACCUGACACGACUCUUGCUCAGUGAGUUGCUUUUAUGAAUCAUCGGCUGUGUAAAACAUCAGGUUUAUUUUUCUAAAGCUGGGGGACUUGGCGAGCAUUCGGUUCUGUGCAAAAAAAGACGAUUUUCGACGUGGAGGAGUGGAUUUUCCUGGCAGGACAAAAGGGUCUGUGAGCACGCCUCGUCCUGUGCAUCGAAAUCAUGUCACCAUUCCUUUCUUUUCUGCUUCUGCAAAACUGAAACUCUGGCCACGAGUUGAUGUCUUCCUUUGGACCGGGCAGGCCACAGAUCAACACGGAUUGACUCGACCACCGAACCUCAGAACUGUUCCCUGAACACAGACCUGUUCCUCACAGACGUAGGCCUACAGACUCUUCGUGGGGUUAGGUUUUUCAAAUCUAAUUAAAACACCACCAAUAUUA